AUGGCUCUACAACACCGAAAAACCCCCAAACCUCUCGAUGGCACUCUCCGGGUUGCAUUCAAAGACUUACCCGACCCUGAUGACUCAACCCGGAUCCGAUCUUUUGAACUAACACAACCCUCUGGUCGCCCUCAGGGUAAAAUCAGAAUCAAACUAGGUGUGCGUGAAAGACCGUUUUCUCCUCCUCCACCACCGCAGCCCGUUUACCGAAUUACUACUCCACAGAGCUAUUAUUACAGUUGUGUCACUCUGCCACCGCCACCUGAUUACAGUUACCCGACUAUCCCGCUUCCACCGUCGUCUUCUCCGCCUCCCCCACCCGUACCGCAUUAUUGUUCCUACCACGACGCCUACUCUCCUUCUCCGUAUUAUUCAGGAUAUUACUCCUCUGCACCGCCGCCACCCAUGCCACCAAGGCCCUUUUUUGAUCGGACAAUGGGUAGUUAUGGAAGUGGGCCCUCCGCACCGGUUGAUCACGGUACUCAGAGGCUUAAAGGAGGGAAGAGAAUGGGGCUUGGGACGGGACUGGCUGUGGGUGCGGUUGCUGGGGCUCUAGGUGGGCUUGCGCUGGAAGAAGGAUUGAAAUACGAGGAGGAGAAAAUUGCAGAGAAAGUGGAGAAUGAUCUCGCUGUGCGUGAUGAUUACAGCGAUUAUUGCUCUGAUUACUGAUGCUUGGCACCUGGUGUUCUUGAGUGGUAGUGGCAUCCUACACCCUUUCUCAUUAACUCGAACAACAAACAAGGUGGCUGCAAUGCAAAAGCCGGAAUGAAUGCCUUGAAUCAUUCUCUAGGUCGAGGGUUUACCUCUUCAUCUCUUCUGUUCAUGGAGGAAUCGUAAUGGAGGAGUUGGAGCUAAAUUCCUUUUUCUUUCCACCUCUUUUUGAGACCUAUGCUUGUUGAAAGGGGGAAGGGAGAGGGAAUUCAGUCAUUCAAUUUUGUGUCGAAGUUUGAACCUGACAUGUGCUCAGAUGGAGGCUAGAAAGUAUGGAUAUCCCUAUUUUCAAUUGAUGUGGACGAAAGGAGUUCAGGGUGAGAAACAUAAUUAACAGUGGCAUCUCAAACUGAGAAAAAGUUGAGGCGUUAGCAUUUUCUUGUCAGCGGAGAGGCAGUGGUUUUUGCUGUUAUCUUUGUGUUGCUACUUUAUGAAGAUUUUGAUCUCUGGUGGAAUACAAGUAUCCUUGCAAAUCUCAAAUGUUGUCAAUUUGAUUGUCAGCAAGUCGGUGAUCAGACUUAUGGUUCUGCAGUCCCUGCCUUGCAUAGCCAAUGAUGCUCCGAAGUUCUCGGUUCUUCUUCUUUUCUUUUUCUUUUUCUUUUUUUUUGCCCCCUUGAUUCUCCCUCUCUCUUCUUAAUUUUUCCACCGCUCGCUCCAUGGUAUGAUAUCAUUUUUUUAUUCAUUCUUGUCUUCUUUUCUACCAUCUGAUACUCUCUUCUCUCUCUGUUUUUUUUCUUAUUUAUUUAUUAUCCUUACCCUUUAUCUCUUAAGUGCCUGGAGAGAGAUGGAAGACUUUAUAUUUGUUUUGGUCUUUUUUCUUUAACUAUCAUGCCAGCUAAUCUAUUUAUUUUAUUAUUGUUGUUUCUUUGAUUUUUUUCAAGUAAAAAAUUAUGAAAUGAUGGCAAUGCUCGUGCUUCUGGUCUAGAGAGAUUCAGAAAAGGGGAAAAUCAAUGAGCUUUCAUUAUAUCCAAAACCUUUUUAACUUGUCUGCUUCACUCGAGGUCGACUGUUUUGACGCUCUGUUCUUCCUUUUCUCCUUUGAACCGACCUGAAGAAAGAGAGGGUGUUUUCAGCGGAUAGGAUCAAGGCUCCAGCCGUCCUAUACAGCAGCAUAGCGUAGGAAAGCAGGAAAUAUAGAUUAUAAAUCACAGGACGGUAAAUAUAGCAUGUAGCCUGUACUCUGCUCUGUAGUGCCAGUCCCAGAUUGUAGAUGGGCUCUAUUUUAACAAGCAACAGAGAAGAUAGUUGCCAGACACGGUUGAGGACCUGGCUAAAGCCUGAGCUAUUGAAUUGUGGGUCAAUUUAUUGGAUUAGUGGGUUAACCCCAUCAAUGCAUGUACGGGGAUUUAUGGGUUCAAAUCUCACAUGCCAUUUCUACA